AUGUCGUCCUCCGGCCACCACAACCUCUCCAAAACCGACUCCGAGGUCAGCAGCCUGACCCCAUCCUCCCCAGGAAGAUCAUCCCCGCCGCGGAGCACCGCCUACUACGUGCAGAGCCCGUCGCGCGACUCCCACGACGACGAUGGCACCACGAUGGGCAAGAACACAACGAACUCGUUCCAUUCCACUCCUGUCAUCAUCAGCCCCAUGGGCUCCCCACCGCACUCCCAGCACUCCAACUCCUCCCUGGGCCCGCACUCACGGGAAUCCUCCUCCACCCGCUUCUCCGGCUCCCACCACCGCAACAACAACAACAAGAACGACAACAACCACCACCGUCGCGGCGGCGGUGACGAGGACGGCCGGAAGGGCCGCCGCCGCGGUGGAGGAGGAGGGAACAAUAAGCCGUGGAAGGGGUUUGAUGCGAUCGAGGAGGAAGGGCUGCUUUUCGACGGCGACGGGUCGGCUCACGGGUUGAGUGCUCGCCGGUGCUAUUUCCUCGCGUUCGUUGUUGGGUUCGCGCUGCUUUUCACGGUGUUCUCGCUGAUUCUUUGGGGGGCGAGCAAGCCGCAGAAGCCCACCGUCGCCAUGAAGAGCAUAACGUUCGACCAGUUCAUAGUUCAAGCCGGCGCGGAUUUCUCAGGCGUAGCGACGGAGAUGGUGUCCAUCAACUGCUCCGUCAAGCUCACUUUCCGCAACACCGCCACCUUCUUCGGCGUCCACGUCACUCCCACUCCUUUAGAUUUGUCCUACUCUCAGCUCACCAUCGCCACCGGAACCGUUAAGGAGUUCUAUCAAUCGAGGAAGAGCCAGAGAACGUUGACGGCGACGGCGAGAGGGAACAAGAUCCCGCUGUACGGUGGGGGAGCCGAGCUGGGCAGCUUCCUGAAAGGCGCGCCGGUUCAGCCCGUGCCGCUGGCGCUCAGCUUGAUGGUCCGGUCGAGAGCGAACGUAUUGGGCCGGCUGGUGAGGCCCAAGUUCUAUAAGAGGAUCCGUUGCACCGUGGUGAUGGACCCUCGUAAGAUGAACUUGGCGAUUCCCCUGAAGAACAAGUGCACCUACGAGUGAAUCUGAUCUAUUGCCUCUUGUUCUUUUUCCUGGCUGUCUGCUGUCAGACGUAGGUAGUUGGUCUUUUGGGCCUAUCAUGAGCCCAAAAAAUGGCAUGCCCUUGACCUUGUAGAAGGUGUUAGAUACCAUCGUUGUAAUUUUUGCUAUUUACAUAUAUAGAUGAG